AUGGCGGCAGAAGCAGCUGUUGGGAAGUACAGGAGCACAGUCAGCAAAAGCAAAGACCCCUCGGGGCUGCUCAUCUCCGUGAUCAGGACACUCUCUACAAGUGAUGAUGUGGAAGACCGAGAAAACGAGAAGGGCCGUCUGGAAGAAGCCUAUGAAAAGUGUGACCGAGACCUGGAUGAGCUGAUUGUGCAGCACUACACUGAGCUCACCACGGCCAUCCGCACUUAUCAGAGCAUCACUGAGCGCAUCACCAACUCUCGGAAUAAAAUCAAGCAGGUAAAGGAGAAUCUGCUUUCCUGCAAGAUGUUAUUGCAUUGCAAACGGGAUGAGCUCCGGAAGCUGUGGAUUGAAGGAAUUGAGCACAAACAUGUCCUAAAUCUGUUGGAUGAAAUUGAGAAUAUCAAGCAAGUGCCUCAAAAACUGGAACAGUGCAUGGCCAGCAAGCACUAUCUUAAUGCCACGGACAUGCUGGUGUCAGCGGUAGAUUCUUUAGAAGGCCCUCUCCUUCAGGUAGAAGGACUGAGUGAUCUGAGGCUGGAGCUUCACAGCAAGAAGAUGAACCUUCAUUUGGUUCUCAUAGAUGAGUUGCAUCGGCACCUAUACAUCAAAUCAACUAGCCGUGUUGGACAGCGGAAUAAAGAAAAAGGAAGAAUGAGCUCUCUCAUGAAAGAUGCUUCCCCCGUCCCUCUGAUUGACGUCACAAACAUGCCGACACCUCGAAAGUUUCUCGACACGUCUCAAUUUGGUACUCCUGGCAGCUCAACUGUAAGAGAAAUGAACCUGCAGGAUAUCAAGGAAGAUUUGGAGUUGGAUCCAGAAGAGAAUAGUAACCUCUUCAUGGGCAUUCUCAUCAAAGGGCUGGCCAAACUGAAGAAGAUUCCAGAAACAGUUAAGGCUAUCAAGGAACGGCUGGAACAAGAGCUAAAGCAGAUUGUUAAGAGAUCCACCACUCAGGUAGCCGACAAUGGCUACCAGAGAGGAGAGAAUCUCUCUUUGGAGAACCAGCCAAGAUUGCUUCUAGAGCUUCUGGAGCUUCUUUUUGACAAGUUUAAUGCUGUGGCUGCUGCGCAUUCUGUAGUCUUAGGAUACCUCCAGCAGACUGUUGUGCCUCCAUCAACUCAGCAUGAAGACAUCAAAUUGUAUGAUAUGGCAGAUGUUUGGGUCAAGAUACAAGAUGUCCUGCAGAUGCUGCUGACUGAGUACUUGGAUAUGAAGAAUACUCGAACAGCUUCUGAACCAUCAGCUCAACUUAGUUAUGCUAGCACAGGACGGGAAUUUGCAGCUUUUUUUGCCAAAAAAAAACCUCAAAGGCCAAAAAACUCCCUCUUUAAGUUCGAGUCGUCCUCCCAUGCCAUUAGCAUGAGCGCCUAUUUGCGUGAGCAGAGACGAGAGCUGUAUAGCCGGAGUGGAGAACUUCAAGGAGGUCCUGAUGACAACUUAAUUGAAGGUGGAGGAACAAAAUUUGUCUGCAAGCCUGGAGCCCGAAACAUAACGGUCAUAUUUCAUCCAUUACUCAGGUUUAUUCAAGAGAUCGAGCAUGCCCUGGGACUGGGCCCAGCCAAACAAUGUCCUCUUCGAGAGUUUCUCACUAUGUACAUCAAAAACAUAUUCCUCAACCAAGUCCUGACUGAAAUCAACAAAGAGAUUGAAGGUGUCACCAAAACAUCUGACCCUUUAAAGAUCCUGGCUAACGCGGACACCAUGAAAGUCCUGGGAGUACAGCGGCCUCUUCUCCAGAGCACAAUAAUUGUGGAGAAGACUGUGCAAGACCUCAUGAACCUCAUGCAUGACCUGAGUGCGUACUCUGACCAGUUCCUCAACAUGGUGUGCGUGAAGCUCCAGGAGUACAAGGAUACCUGCACAGUCGCCUACAGGAGCAUUGCCCAAUCAGAGGAGAAACUAGUGAUCAGUGCCUCCUGGGCAAAAGAUGAUGACAUCAGCAGACUUUUGAAAUCUCUGCCAAACUGGACUAAUAUGGCUCAACCCAAACAGCUGAGACCUAAGAGAGAAGAGGAAGAAGAUUUCAUAAGGGCAGCCUUUGGCAAGGAGUCUGAAGUUCUAAUUGGGAACCUCGGUGAUAAAUUAAUCCCACAACAAGAGAUCCUACGUGAUGUCAGUGACCUAAAGGCUUUGGCCAACAUGCACGAGAGCUUGGAGUGGUUGGCAGGACGAACAAAAUCAGCUUUAUCUAAUCUUUCAACAUCUCAAAUGCCCUCCCCUGGCCAAGAGAACCACCUGAGCAUGGACCUCCCUUCGGGCUCGGAGCAGAUCGUGCAGACUCUCGGGGAGCUGGCCAAGUCCUUCCAGGAGAUGGCUGACCGCUGCCUGCUCGUCCUACACUUGGAAGUCAGAGUUCACUGUUUUCACUAUCUCAUCCCUCUGGCAAAGCAAGGGAAUUAUGCCAUUGUCGCUAAUGUGGAAAGUAUGGAUUAUGACCCUCUGGUGGUGCGACUUAAUAAAGACAUAAGUGGCAUCGAAGAGGCCAUGAGUGCCAGUCUCCAGCAGCACAAGUUCCAGUAUAUCUUUGAAGGCUUGGGCCACUUGAUUUCCUGCAUCUUGAUCAAUGGCGCCCAGUACUUCAGGCGGAUCAGCGAGUCUGGCAUCAAGAAGAUGUGCCGCAACAUCUUUGUGCUUCAGCAGAAUUUGACCAACAUCACCAUGUCGCGGGAGGCCGACCUGGACUUUGCCAGGCAGUACUACGAGAUGCUGUACAACACAGCCGACGAGCUCCUCAACCUGGUGGUCGACCAGGGGGUCAAGUACACGGAGCUGGAGUACAUUCACGCCUUAAAUUUGCUGCACCGAAGUCAGACAGGCGUCGGGGACCAGAGCACUCAGAACAUGCGCCUCCAGCGCCUCAAAGAGAUCAUCUGCGAGCAAGCCGCCAUCAAACAAGCCACCAAGGACAAGAAGAUAACCACUGUGUAACCGUGCCUCCUGGCCUCCGUCCACUAGGACGAGCUGCCCCAGGCUUCUCCUGCCUUCACGGCCGGCGGCACAUCCAUGUAUGCUCCCUUUGGUUCUGCGCGCGCUAUCAUGCAUCCUUCUUUGGUAUGUUACCCAAUCCGUUCUGCUCUGAGAAGUCCCUCCUCAUAUCCCAGGCAAGGCUUUUCUUUUCUUUUUUUUUUUUUUUUUUUUUUAAUACCAACCCUAAAGGAGAGGUUUUCUGUGGUGGCUUCCAAAGGGAUUCAGAGUGGGAGUGGAGAGGGUGACCCAGGAUUGGGACUGAGUAAAGGAGGAGGAAGACUAUGGAGCUCCUUUCUCAGCCAAGAACCACUCCGACCUUUGGGAAGAGCCCUUUCAUGCAAUUUCAUCGGUUUCUCUAGAAGACGUUCUAGGGGUUGUAGUUCGUAGACAGUGAGGUUCUGAAUCCUGGAUGCUGGUCCUUUUUAGUCCAAUGACAUAUUUGGCUCUUUACUCAUUACUCUUUGCCUUUUUCUUGCCAAGGCCUACCAAAGCAGUUAAUAGAGUAUUCAAGGCAGGCCGUGGUCUCUGGGAGAUUUUUUUAUGACCAGAAUAGGAGGAGGCCUUCCCUCCAGAAUCAGAGGCUAGAAGGGUUGUUCCUGCCCUGCCUUCCCAGGGUAGUGUUAUCGUGAAUUGUUUUGUUGGCUUUGUUGUCUUCGUUUCUGCUUUAUCUGAACCAAGAGCCAUCAUACUAGUGGUAAGGAGUGCUAGCAACCAUGGAAGCAGGGAUUUUUUUUUCCUUCCUUCCGAGAGGAAAUGUUCCUUAAAGGACAUUACGAGGACUGCUCUAUCACCAACAAGUUAAAUGGAGCUAAAAUACUGCCUUAUUCACUGAGUCAGUCCCAGUAGCCUCCUCAGAUUUACACAAAUGGGCACAGAGACUUAUGGCAUUAAUUCUUCUUUUGCCUUCCAAGUCGAGUCUGCUCCCAGAUUGCCUUGUGCUGUCACUCACCUUUUCUCUGGCACAUCUUGCCUUCUAACUGAGUUCUCAAGUGUUAUUGGACCUCAAAGUUUAAAUAUCAUUAAAACCUUAGAAGAACAACACACUGUGUACUACCUGUGCUACAUCUUUGUCAAGGAGGAAGGAGGAGGGGGAACUCCCACACCACUCGAUGCCACUGUCACUGAUGGUCUUGAAGUUUGCAAACUGCUUGUGCAACCUUGGGCUUGGGGCGAAAUGGAAAAUUAAAGAAUGU